AUGUGGCCGCGCCUGGCCUUUUGUUGCUGGGGUCUGGCGCUCGUCUCGGGCUGGGCGACCUUUCAGCAGAUGUCCCCGUCGCGCAAUUUCAGCUUCCGCCUCUUCCCGGAGGCCGCGCCCGGGGCCCCCGGGCGGCUGCUCGCCCCGCUCGCGCCGGGCGACGAGGACGCCGCGGAGAGCAAAGUGGAGCGGCUGGGCCAGGCGUUCCGGGCGCGCGUGCGGCGCCUGCGGGAGCUCAGCGAGCGCCUGGAGCUCGUCUUCCUAGUGGACGAGUCGUCCAGCGUGGGCCAAGCCAACUUCCUCAGCGAGCUCAAGUUCGUCCGCAAGCUGCUGUCCGACUUCCCCGUGGUGCCCACCGCCACGCGCGUGGCCAUCGUGACCUUCUCGUCCAAGAACAACGUGGUGCCGCGCGUCGACUACAUCUCCUCCCGCCGCGCGCACCAGCACAAGUGCGCGCUGCUCAGCCGCGAGAUCCCGGCCAUCACCUACCGCGGCGGCGGCACCUACACCAAGGGCGCCUUCCAGCAAGCCGCGCAAAUUCUUCGUCAUUCUAGAGAAAACUCAACAAAAGUCAUAUUUCUCAUUACUGAUGGAUAUUCUAACGGGGGAGAUCCCAGACCCAUUGCAGCAUCGCUGCGAGAUUUUGGAGUAGAGAUCUUCACCUUUGGCAUAUGGCAAGGCAACAUUCGAGAACUGAAUGACAUGGCGUCCAGCCCAAAGGAGGAGCACUGCUACCUGCUGCACAGUUUUGAAGAGUUCGAGGCUUUAGCUCGCCGGGCAUUGCAUGAAGAUCUGCCUUCUGGGAGUUAUAUUCAAGAGGAUAUGUCCCAUUGUGCGUAUCUCUGUGCAGCCGGCAAAGACUGCUGUGACCGGAUGGCAAGCUGCAAAUGUGGGACACACACAGGUCAAUUCGAGUGCAUCUGUGAAAAGGGGUACUACGGAAAAGGCCUGCAGUAUGAAUGCACAGCUUGCCCACCAGGCACAUACAAACCAGAAGGUUCGCCAGGAGGAAUCAGCACUUGCCUUCGAUGUCCUGAUGAAAAUCACACUUCUCCACCUGGCAGCACGUCCCCUGAAGACUGUGUCUGCAGGGAAGGGUAUCGGGCAUCUGGACAGACCUGCGAAGUUGUCCACUGCCCUGCCCUGAAGCCUCCUGAAAAUGGUUACUUUAUUCAAAACACUUGCAACAACCACUUCAAUGCAGCCUGUGGGGUCCGAUGUCACCCUGGAUUUGACCUGGUGGGAAGCAGCAUCCUCUUGUGUCUACCCAAUGGUUUGUGGUCCGGCUCAGAGCGCUCCUGCAGAGUAAAAACAUGCCCUCGUCUCCGCCAACCCAGACAUGGCCGCUUAAGCUGCUCUACAGGGGAAAUGUCCUAUAAGACAACAUGUUUGGUGACCUGUGAUGAAGGGUACAGACUUGAAGGAAGCGCUAAGCUCACCUGUCAAGGAAAUGGCCAGUGGGAUGGUCUGGAGGCCCGGUGUGUGGAGCGCCACUGCUCCAUCUUCCAGAAGCCCAAGGGUGUCAUUAUAUUCCCUCCCAACUGUGGCAAGCAGCCAGCCAAACCUGGGAUGACUUGUCAGCUAAGUUGCCGCCAAGGAUUCGUUUUAUCUGGGAUGAGAGAAGAGGUGAGAUGCACCACCUCUGGAAAGUGGAGUGCCAGAGUACAAACAGCUGCUUGUAAAGAUAUAGAGGCUCCUCAAAUCACAUGUCCUAAGGACAUUGAGGCCAAGACUCAGGAACAGCAAGACUCUGCUAAUGUCACCUGGCAAAUCCCGACAGCUAAAGACAACUCUGGAGAAAAGGUGUCAAUCCAUGUUCAUCCAGCUUUUACCCCGCCUUACCUUUUCCCAAUUGGAGAUGUUGCUAUCACGUACACAGCAAUCGACCAAUCCAGCAACCAAGCCAGCUGCACUUUCCAUAUUAAGGUUAUUGACAUGGAGCCCCCUGGCAUAGACCGGUGCAGAUCCCCGCCCCCCAUCCAGGUCUCAGAGAAGGAGCACACGGCCACCUGGGAUGAGCCUCAGUUCUCAGACAACUCAGGGGCCGUCUUGGUCAUCACCAGAAGUCAUACACCAGGUGACCUUUUUCCUCACGGGGAGACGGUGGUGCGGUACACAGCCACCGACCCGUCAGGCAAUAACCGAACGUGUGACAUCCACAUCAUCAUAAAAGGUUCCCCCUGUGAAGUUCCAUUCACACCUGUCAAUGGGGACUUCAUUUGUACUCAAGACAGUGUUGGCGUGAACUGCACACUAAGUUGCCUGGAGGGCUAUGAUUUCACAGAAGGGUCGACUGAGAAGUAUUACUGUGCUUAUGAAGAUGGAAUCUGGAAGCCUCCUUAUUCCACUGAAUGGCCAGACUGUGCUAUAAAACGUUUUGCAAAUCAUGGGUUCAAAUCCUUUGAGAUGCUGUAUAAAGCAACUCGCUGUGAUGACAUGGAUCUGUUGAAGAAGUUCUCUGAAGCCUUUGAGACCACCCUGGGGAAAAUGGUCCCAUCAUUUUGUAAUGAUGCUGAUGACAUUGACUGCAGACUGGAGGACCUGACCAAAAAAUAUUGCCUUGAAUAUAAUUAUGACUAUGAAAAUGGCUUUGCAAUUGGUCCUGGUGGAUGGGGUGCGGCUAACAGGCUGGAUUACUCUUACGAUGACUUCUUGGAUACCGUGCGAGAAACACCCAGAGGUGAUGGCAAAGUGAGUCCUUCACGGAUUAGAAGAAGCCCCCCAUUAUCUGACCACAAAAUUAAAUUAAUUUUUAACAUCACAGCUAGUGUGCCUUUACCGGAUGAAAGAAACGAUACCCUUGAAUUGGAAAAUCAGCAGCGACUCAUUAAGACACUGGAGACCAUCACAAAUCGACUAAAAAGGACCCUCAAUAAGGAGCCCAUGUAUGCCUUUCAGCUUGCAUCCGAAAUGCUGGUGGCUGACAGCAAUUCCUUGGAAACAGAGAAGGCUUUCCUCUUCUGCAGACCAGGUUCAGUGCUGAGAGGGCGGAUGUGUGUCAAUUGCCCUUUGGGAACCUAUUAUUCUCUGGAGCAUUCUGUCUGUGAGAGCUGCUUGAUGGGGUCCUAUCAAGAUGAAGAGGGACAGCUGGAGUGCAAACUCUGUCCAGAUGGAACUUACACUGAAUAUCUCCACUCAAGAAGCAGCUUGGAAUGUAAAGCUCAGUGUAAACAAGGCACCUACUCAUCCAAUGGGCUUGAGACUUGUGAAUCGUGUCCUCUGAACAGUUAUCAGCCAGCCCGUGGUUCCCGGAGCUGCCUCUUAUGUCCAGAAAACACUUCCACUGUGAAAAGAGGAGCCGUGGCCAUUUCUGCUUGUGGAGUACCUUGUCCAGUAGGAGAAUUCUCUCGCUCUGGGUUAAUGCCCUGCUAUCCAUGUCCUCAAGAUUACUACCAACCCAGUCCAGGGAAGUCCUUCUGCUUGUCUUGUCCCUUUUAUGGAACCACAACCAUCACUGGUGCCAGAUCCAUCACAGAUUGCUCAAGUUUUAGUUCAACUUUCUCAGCAGCAGAAGAAAGUGUAGUACCCCUUGCUUCUCCUGGACAUAUCAAAAAGAAGUAUGAAGUCAGCAGUCAGGUUUUCCAUGAAUGCUUCUUAAACCCCUGCCACAAUAGUGGAACCUGUCAACAACUUGGGCGUGGUUAUGUUUGUCUCUGUCCACCUGGAUAUACAGGCUUAAAGUGUGAAACAGACAUUGAUGAAUGCAGCUCCCUGCCAUGCCUUAACAAUGGGAUUUGCAAAGACCAAGUUGGGGAGUUCAUUUGUGAAUGCCCAUCCGGUUACACAGGUCGACUAUGUGAAGAAAAUAUAAAUGAGUGUAGCUCUAAUCCUUGUUUAAAUAAAGGAACCUGCAUUGAUGGCUUGGCUGGCUAUCGCUGCACCUGUGUGAGAGGAUAUGUAGGCCUGCACUGUGAAAUGGAAGUCGAUGAAUGCCGAUCAAGUCCAUGCUUAAAUAAUGCAGUCUGUGAAGACCAGGUUGGGGGGUUCUUGUGCAAAUGCCCACCUGGAUUUUUGGGUACCCGUUGUGAGAAAAACAUGGACGAGUGUCUCAGUCAACCAUGCAAAAAUGGAGCUACCUGUAAAGAUGGUGCCAAUAGCUUCAGGUGCCAGUGUGCAGCAGGUUUCACAGGACCACUCUGUGAAUUAAACAUCAAUGAAUGUCAGUCUAAUCCAUGCAGAAAUCAGGCCACCUGUGUGGAUGAAUUGAAUUCAUACAGUUGUAAAUGUCUGCCAGGAUUUUCAGGCAGCAGGUGUGAAACAGAACAGUCUACAGGCUUUAACCUGGACUUUGAGGUCUCUGCUAUCUAUGGAUACGUCAUGCUAGAUGGUGUGCUUCCUUCUCUCCGUGCUGUCACCUGCACAUUCUGGAUGAAAUCCAAUGACACCACCAACUAUGGGACACCCAUCUCCUAUGCCCUUGAGGAUGGCAGCGACAAUACCUUCCUUCUGACUGAUUAUAAUGGCUGGGUUCUUUAUGUGAAUGGCAAGGAAAAGAUAACAAACUGUCCCUCCGUGAACGAUGGCAGUUGGCACCAUAUUGCAAUCACUUGGACAAGUACUGAAGGAGCUUGGAAAGUCUAUAUCGAUGGGAAGUUUUCCGAUGGAGGCCUGGGCCUCUCAGUGGGUUCACCCAUUCCUGGUGGUGGUGCAUUAGUUCUUGGGCAAGAGCAAGACAAAAAAGGAGAGGGAUUCAACCCAGCUGAGUCUUUUGUGGGCUCCAUAAGCCAGCUCAACCUCUGGGACUAUGUCCUGUCUCCACAGCAGGUGAAAUUGCUGGCUAGCUCAUGCCCAGAGGAGCUCAUGAAAGGAAAUGUGUUAGCCUGGCCUGACUUCCUGCCAGGAAUUGUGGGGAAAGUGAAGAUCGAUUCCAAGAGCAUAUUCUGUUCGGAUUGUCCACGUCUGGAAGGAUCCGUGCCUCACCUGCGAACUGCAUCAGCAGACUUAAAACCAGGCGCCAAAAUCAGUCUGUUUUGUGACCCAGGCUUCCAGCUGGUCGGCAGCCCCGUGCAGCACUGUCUGAACCAAGGACAGUGGACGCAGCCCCUUCCCCACUGUGAACGUAUUAGCUGUGGAGUGCCUCCCCCAUUGGAGAAUGGCUUUUAUUCUGCCGAGGACUUCCACGCUGGCAGCACGGUGACCUACCAGUGCAGCACUGGCUACUACUUGUUGGGGGAUUCCAGGAUGUUCUGCACAGAUAAUGGCAGCUGGAAUGGCAUUGCACCUUCAUGCCUUGAUGUUGAUGAAUGUGCUGUUGGGUCGGAUUGUAGCGAGCAUGCGUCCUGCCUGAAUACAAACGGAUCCUACAUUUGCUCAUGUCUUCCACCCUAUACAGGAGAUGGUAAAAGCUGUGCAGAACCUAUCAAGUGUAAGGCUCCAGAAAAUCCAGAAAAUGGUCACUCUUCCGGUGAGAUUUACACAGUGGGUGCUGAAGUCACCUUUUCGUGUGAGGAAGGAUACCAGCUGAUGGGAGUGAGCAAAAUCACAUGUUUAGAGUCUGGAGAAUGGAGUCAGAUGAUGCCUUAUUGUGAAGCUAUUUCCUGUGGUGCACCAGCUACUCCAGAAAAUGGUGACAUCGAUGGGGCAGCAUUUACCUAUGGCAGUAAAGUGAUAUAUCGGUGUAAUAAAGGCUAUACUCUGGAUGGUGAGAAAGAAUCGUCCUGUCUUGCGAGUGGUUCUUGGAGUCAUUCUCCUCCCAUAUGUGAACUGGUCAAGUGUUCAAGCCCCAAAAACAUAAAUCACGGGAAAUAUAUUUUGAGUGGGCUAACCUACCUUUCUACUGCAUCAUACUCAUGUGAGAGUGGAUACAGCUUACAGGGCCCUCCUGUCAUGGAAUGCACAGCGGCAGGCAGCUGGGACAGAGCGCCACCUACCUGUCAUCUUGUGUUCUGCGGGGAGCCACCGGCCAUCAAAGACGCUGUCAUCGCUGGGAAUAACUUCACUUUUGGGAACACUGUCACUUACACUUGCAAAGAAGGCUAUACGCUGGCUGGACCUGAUACCAUUGAAUGCCUGGCCAGUGGCAAGUGGAGUGCGAGUAACCAGCAGUGUCUUGCUGUGUCCUGUGAUGAGCCCCCCAAUGUGGAACACGCCUCCCCAGAGACUGCCCAUCGGUUAUUUGGAGACAUUGCAUUCUACUACUGCUCAGAUGGUUACAGUCUGGCAGACAAUUCCCAACUCCUCUGCAAUGCCCAGGGCAAGUGGGUUCCUCCAGAAGGUCAAGCUAUGCCCCGUUGUAUAGCUCAUUUCUGUGAAAAACCCCCAUCUGUAUCCUACAGCAUUUUGGAAUCUGUGAGCAAAGCAAAAUUUGCCGCAGGCUCAGUUGUGACCUUCAAAUGCAUGGAAGGUUUUGUACUGAACACCUCGGCGAAGAUUGAAUGCAUGAGAGGUGGACAGUGGAACCCUUCCCCCAUGUCCAUCCAGUGCAUCCCUGUGCGGUGUGGAGAGCCACCGAGCAUCCUGAAUGGCUAUGCAAGUGGCUCAAACUACAGUUUUGGGGCCAUGGUGGCUUAUAGCUGCAACAAGGGAUUCUAUAUCAAAGGGGAAAAGAAGAGCACCUGUGAAGCCACAGGACAGUGGAGUAGCCCCAUUCCCACAUGCCACCCUGUGUCGUGCAAUGACCCGCCUAAGAUUGAGAAUGGCUUCUUGGAGCAUACCACUGGCCGGAUCUUUGAGAGUGAAGUGAGAUAUCGGUGCAAUCCAGGAUAUAAGUCGGUUGGAAGCCCUGUGUUUGUCUGCCAAGCCAAUCGCCACUGGCACAGUGAAUCCCCUCUGUCCUGCAUCCCCCUCAACUGUGGGAAACCUCCCCCAUUCCAGAAUGGCUACAUGAAAGGAGAAAAUUUUGAAGUAGGGUCCAAGGUUCAGUUUUUCUGUAAUGAGGGUUAUGAGCUCAUUGGUGAUAAUUCUUGGACAUGCCAAAAAUCUGGCAAAUGGAAUAAGAAGCCAAACCAAAAGUGUGUGCCAGCCAAGUGCCCAGAGCCACCCCUCUUGGAGAACCAGCUGGUAUUGAAGGAGCUGACAAUGGAGGUAGGAGUGGUAAUGUUUUCCUGCAAGGAAGGGCAUGCCCUACAGGGCCCCUCUGUACUGAAAUGCCUGCCCUCCCAGCAAUGGAAUGAUUCUUUUCCUGUUUGUAAGAUGGUUCUUUGCCUCCCACCUCCCUUAAUUUCCUUUGGUGUCCCUGCACCUUCUUCUGCUCUUCGUUUUGGAAGUAGUGUCAAGUAUUCUUGUGUGGAUGGGUUUUUCCUAAGGGGAAAUCCUUCCACCUUCUGCCAAGCUGACGGUACCUGGAGCUCUCCACUGCCAGAAUGUGUUCCAGUGGAAUGCCCCCAACCUGAGGAGAUCCUCAAUGGCAUUAUUGAUGUGCAAGGUCUCGCCUAUCUCAGCACUGCUCUCUACACCUGCAAGCCAGGUUUUGAGUUGGUGGGAAAUACUACCACCCUUUGUGGAGAAAACGGUCACUGGCUUGGAGGAAAACCAACAUGUAAACCCAUUGAGUGUCCAAAGCCCAAAGAGAUUUUGAAUGGCAAAUUCUCCUACACAAACCUACACUAUGGCCAAACCAUCACAUACUCUUGUGACCAAGGCUUCAGGCUGGAAGGUCCCAAAGCCUUGACCUGUUUAGAGACAGGUGAUUGGGAUGUGGAUGUCCCAUCCUGCAGUGCCAUCCACUGCGAUCCCCCACAACCCAUUGAUAAUGGUUUUGUGGAAGGUGCAGACUACAGCUAUGGUGCCAUGAUCAUCUACAGCUGCUUCCCUGGGUUCCAGGUCACUGGUCAUGCCAUGCAGACCUGCGAAGAGGCAGGAUGGUCAAGCUCCAUCCCAACAUGUGUACCCAUAGACUGUGGUCUCCCUCCUCACAUAGAUUUUGGAGACUCUACUAAGGUCAGUGAUGGUCAGGGAUAUUUUGAUCAAGAAGAAGACAUGAUGGAAGUCCCAUAUCUGACUCCUCACCCACCUCAUCAUCCGGGAGCAGUGACUAAAACCUGGGAAAGCACAAAGGGAUCUUCUGCUACACCUUCAGCAAACUAUCUGUAUGGCACCAUGGUUUUAUAUACCUGCAAUCCAGGAUAUGAACUUUUGGGGAACCCUACGCUGACCUGCCAAGAAGAUGGAACUUGGAAUGGCAGUGCACCAUCCUGCAUUUCAAUUGAAUGUGACUUGCCUGUUGCUCCUGAAAAUGGUUUUUUGCAUUUCACAGAGACUACGAUGGGCAGUGCUGUACAAUAUAACUGCAAACCUGGACACAUUCUGGUGGGUUCCAACAUAAGACUUUGUCUACAGAAUAGAGAGUGGAGUGGUGCUUCCCCACAGUGUGAGGUCAUCUCAUGCCCAAAACCCAAUUCAAUUAUGAAUGGGUCCAUCAAAGGAAGCAACUACACAUUUCUGAGUGUGUUGUAUUACACGUGUAAUCCUGGGUAUGUAUUGAAUGGCUCUGAGAAGAGAACAUGCCAGGAAAAUAAAAAUUGGGAUGAAAAUGAGCCAAUUUGCAUUCCUGUGGACUGUGGUUCACCCCCAGUCUCAGCCAAUGGCCAGGUGAAAGGAAAUGAGUAUACAUUCCAAAAAGAGGUUGAGUAUACUUGUAAUAUAGGGUUCUCACUUGAGGGAGCCAGAAACCGUGUUUGUCUUGCUGAUGGAAAUUGGAGUGGAACCACACCCACCUGCAUGCCUAUCAGAUGUGCCUCCCCACCAAAGGUGGCAAAUGGGGUGAUGGAAGGCCUGGACUAUGGCUUUGGGAAGCAAGUGGUUUUCCACUGUCAGGAAGGCUACAUGUUGCAUGGUGCUUCCAAACUCACCUGUCAGUCUGAUGGUAACUGGGAUGCAGAGGUUCCUCUCUGUAAACCUGUCAACUGUGGGUCUCCUGGGGAUCUGACCCAUGGCUUCCCUAAUGGAUUUUCCUUCUAUCAUGGGGGGUACAUACAGUAUCAGUGCUUUCCUGGUUAUAAGCUCCAUGGAAGUCCUUCAAGAAGGUGUCUCUCCAAUAACUCCUGGAGUGGCAGCCCACCUUCCUGCCUACCCUGCAAGUGUUCCACACCAGUAAUUCAAAAUGGAGCUGUCAAUGGGACAGACUUUGGUUGUGGAAAGGCAGCCCAGAUUCAGUGCUUCAAAGGCUUCAAACUCCUGGGACUUUCUGAAAUCACCUGUGAAGCCAAUGGCCAGUGGAGCUCUGGCUUCCCCCGCUGUGAGCAUGCUCUCUGUGGUUCUCCUCCAGUGAUACCAAACGCAUUCAUCAGUGAGAGCAGCUCUUUGGAAGAAAAGGGGAUAACAUACAACUGCAGAUCUGGAUAUGUCAUACGAGGCAGUUCAGAUCUGGUUUGUACAGAGAAAGGAACAUGGAGCCAGCCUUAUCCAGUCUGUGAGCCCCUGUCCUGUGGAUCUCCACCGUCUGUCACCAAUGCCAUCGCUACUGGAGAGGUAUACACCUAUGAUAGUAAAGUGAAAAUCAGCUGUAUGGAAGGUUAUAUGAUGGACACAGAUAUAGACACAUUUACCUGUCAGAAAGAUGGCCAUUGGUUCCCUGAGACAAUCUCCUGCAGUCCUAGAACAUGUCCCCUGCCAGCAAACAUGAUACACAUCCUAGUUCAUGGGGACGAUUUCACUGUGAAUAAGCAAGUGGCUGUGUCAUGUGCAAAAGGAUACACCUAUGAGGGAGUCAACAUAUCAACCUGUCAGCUCAAUGGCAGCUGGGAGCCACCAUUUUCUGAUGAAUCCUGCAGUCCAGUUUCUUGUGGGAAACCUGAAAGUCCAGAACAUGGAUUUGUGCUUGGCAAUGAAUACAGCUUUGAAAGCACAAUUACCUAUCAAUGUGAACCUGGCUAUGAACUAGAGGGGAACGGGGAGCGUGUGUGUCAGGAGAAUGGAGAGUGGAGUGGAGGGGUAGCAACGUGCCAACAUGCCAAGUGCGAAGCUCCACUUGAGUUUCUGAAUGGGAAAGCUGAAGUUGAAAACACUACUUCUGGCCCCAGCGUGGUAUAUUCCUGCAACCGAGGUUACAGUCUUGAAGGGGUGUCUAAGGCAUACUGCACUGAACAUGGGACUUGGAGCCACCCAGCUCCUCUCUGCAAACCAAAUCCUUGCCCAGUACCUUUUGUGAUUCCUGAGAAUGCUGUGCUUUCUGAGAAGGAGUUUUAUGUCAAUCAGAACGUGUCUAUCAAGUGCAGGAAAGGCUUCCUGCUCCAGGGAGAGGGCGUCAUCACCUGCAAUCCUGAUGAGACAUGGACACAGACAAGUGCCAAGUGUGACAAAAUUUCAUGUGGCCCACCAACUCACAUAGACAAUGCGAUUGCUCGAGGCAUACAUUAUCAGUAUGGGGACAUGAUCACCUACUCAUGUUACAGUGGAUACAUGUUGGAGGGUUCCCUAAGGAGUGUUUGCCUAGAAAAUGGAACCUGGACAUCACCUCCUAUUUGCAGAGCGGUCUGUCGAUUUCCGUGUCAGAAUGGAGGGAUCUGCCAACGCCCAAAUGCCUGUUCCUGUCCAGACGGGUGGAUGGGGCGCCUCUGUGAAGAGCCCAUAUGCAUUCUCCCCUGUCUCAAUGGUGGUCGCUGUGUGGCCCCUUAUCAGUGUGACUGCCCACCUGGCUGGACCGGCUCCCGCUGUCAUACAGCCGUUUGCCAGUCUCCCUGCUUAAAUGGUGGAAAAUGCGUAAGACCAAACCGAUGUCAUUGUCUCUCGGCUUGGACAGGACACGACUGUUCCAGGAAAAGGAGGACUGGGUUUUAACCAAUGUGCGACCAACCAGCUCUCCUCAAAGCAGGAUCAUCUCUUCCUGGGCAUCCUGGGCAUCCUGGAACUGAUGCAAAGAAAUUCCAACAUGGUGCUGGGUCUUGUUUCAUUGAGUAAAACUUGUUAUUUGGGGUUUACCUUUCUUAUUUUGUGUUAUAUUUUGUUAUCCUCUGUGACAUACUCUCUUACAUGUUUCCAUUUUUAAAUACACCUGUAUUUUCUAUAUAAAAAUAUAUUAAACAGAUGCUGCUCCACUCUCA